GGUCGGAUACUUCCUGUGUUGCUGCUGCUGCGGCUGCUGCCAGGAGCUUCAGGGAUGCGAGAGAGGGAGAGAGAAAUGGAGUUUCACUAAGGACUGAAGUGUCGGACUGGUUUUCGCACAAACGUUACGAAAAGGAACAUUGGACUGUGUACGAAGAUAGCCACGGAACAACGGCGAAGGAAAGGGGGUGAUUGCAGCCAGCUCCAAAGAUCUUAUUUUAUUUUCAGGACUACCCGCUGGAAAUGAAGCUAUUGAAACCAAGUUGGGUCAAUCACAAUGGAAAACCAAUAUUUUCUGUUGACAUCCAUCCGGAGGGAACAAAGUUUGCUACUGGGGGGCAAGGUGAGGAUUCUGGGAAGGUUGUCAUAUGGAACAUGGCACCUGUCCUUAGGGAAGAGGAUGAAAAAAAUGAAAACAUUCCGAAGAUGCUCUGCCACAUGGACAAUCAUUUAGCCUGUGUGAACUGUGUCCGCUGGUCAAACAAUGGCCUGUACCUGGCUUCUGGGGGAGAUGACAAGCUGGUUAUGGUGUGGAAAAGAGCUGCAUACAUUGGCCCUAGCACGGUCUUUGGGUCUAGUAGUAAGCUGGCCAAUGUGGAACAGUGGCGAUGUGUAACUAUCCUCAGAAACCACACAGGGGACGUGAUGGACGUGGCAUGGUCCCCUCAUGACGUGUGGCUGGCCUCCUGCAGCGUGGACAACACUAUUGUUAUCUGGAACGCCCGCAAGUUUCCAGAGAUCGUGACCUCACUGAAGGGCCACACAGGCCUGGUGAAGGGGCUCACGUGGGACCCGGUGGGAAAGUACAUCGCCUCACAGGCUGACGACCACAGUCUGAAGGUGUGGAGGACGAUGGACUGGCAGCUGGAGACCAACAUCACCAAACCCUUCAACGAGUGUGGAGGGACGACUCACGUCCUGCGUCUGAGCUGGUCUCCAGAUGGUCAGUACCUGGUUUCUGCCCACGCCAUGAACAACUCAGGCCCUACUGCUCAGAUAAUCGAGAGGGAUGGCUGGAAAACCAACAUGGACUUUGUCGGCCACCGGAAGGCAGUGACCGUGGUGAAAUUUAACCCGAAGAUCUUCAAGAAGAAGCAGAAGAAUGGCAGCUCUCCUAAGCCGAGCUGCCCCUACUGCUGCUGCGCCGUGGGAAGCAAGGACCGGUCCGUGUCUGUGUGGCUGACGUCCCUGAAGCGCCCACUAGUGGUCAUCCACGACCUGUUUGAUAAGUCUAUCAUGGAUAUCACAUGGACACUGAAUGGGCUGGGCAUCCUCGUGUGCUCCAUGGAUGGCACAGUCGCUUUCCUUGAUUUCUCUCAGGAUGAGCUGGGGGACCCACUUAACGAGGAUGAGAAGAACUCCAUUCACCAGAACAUCUACGGGAAAAGCCUUGCCAUCACCACAGAGCCACAGCUCUCCACCACCAUUAUCGAGAACCCAGAGAUGCUGAAGUACCAGCAGGAGAAAGAGCUGGCCGAGCACCGCAACGCCACCAGCCACGAAACCUUGGCACCUAAGCUUACCAGCGUGGUCAAUGGAGAGUCCCUGGAAGACAUCCGAAAGAACCUGUUGAAGAAGCAGGUGGAGACGAGGACGGCGGACGGCCGGAGACGGAUCACCCCGCUGUGCAUUGCUCAGCUGGACACUGGGGAUUUUUCACCAGCCCUCUUCAAUAGCGUCCCCAUCCUCCCUGGGUCGUCCAUGUCCUCCCAGCUGACAAACCAGCUCUCUUCAGACUCCAGCACAGCCAACUCUUUGGGCCUGCGGCCCUCGCAGGACGCCCCCACCGCCCCACCAGGAAAGCCCCCAGACGAAGCCAAAGAGGGCAGUGUCAAUGCCAUUGCCUUGGGCGGCUCCGCAACUCCAGCCAUGAACUCCACCGCAAUGAAAACCAACUUGCUGCUAACCUCUGCUGCCAAGAUGGAGCCAAUGAAAGCACUAGACUCCCGGUUCACUGAGAGGUCAAAAGCCACGCCCGGGGUGACAAUCUCCUCUGCUGUUGGUCUUGGGUCACUUGACAGAGUGAAAGACAUCAGCACUUUAAAGGAUCCCAAAUCCAAGGAUGAAACAAGCAGUGACAGCGAGGAUAAAAUGGCAGUGGUCAAAACCCUGUCAUUCAACAAGAGGAAGGCAGACCUGGAGGGAGAGGUGGUGGAGAAGAGGAAAAAGGGACGACCAAGGAAAGACUCCAAAAUGGUGGUGCCUGUGACCCAGGCUUUUCCACAGGCCACUCCGUCAACAGAGAAGGAGCCCUUGCGAGUCACAGCCCCUGCGGCGCUCCUCAAACUGCCCACACCCACUCCACAGAAGUCCUUCUCCCUACAGAUAAGCGUGGAGCCGUCGGUCUACAUCGAGGUGGAGAACGAGGUGUCGACGGUGGCGGGGGCGCGGCUCAGCCAGCUGCGCUGCACGCGGGACGGCCGGGAGUGGGACACGCUGCUACCCAGCCGCAUCCUCACUGCGGCCGGCAGUGGUGACGUGAUCGCGGUGGCAUGCGAGGACCGCAUGCUGUCGGUGUUUUCGGCGUGUGGGCGGAGGCUGCUCCCAGCCAUCCUGCUGCCCGCGCCCAUGUCCACCUUGCACUGCUCCGGCUUCUUUGUCAUGGCGCUGACGGCCUGCGCUACGCUAUCUGUCUGGGAUGUUCAGAAACAGAGUGUUCUUGUGAAAAAUGAAUCCCUGCAGACCAUCCUAUCAGGUUCUGAUACCACAGUCUCCCAGACCUUACUCACUCAGCAGGGCGUUCCUGUCAUCAGCUUGUCCAAUGGGAAAUCGUACUGCUUCAACUCUUCCCUGGAGACAUGGAAUUUGAUUGCAGACAAGCAGGAUUCACUUGUGCAGUGUGCUGACUUCAGGAACUGCUUGCCAUCGCAGGACGCCAUGGUAUCCACCGGGCCCUUGGCAGUCAUGCAGGGCCGCACUUUGAACGCGGGCCGCCUGGCGUCCAGGCUCUCCUCGACCCCCCAUCACUUACAGCAGGGAAUGACCCUGGCCUACCUGGAGAACCAGCUGGCCUCAGCACUUAUCCUCAAGUCCAGCCAGGAGUACCGCCACUGGAUGCUGAUCUAUGCACGCUUCCUGGUCAACGAAGGCUCAGAACACAGACUCAGAGAACUGUGUAAGGAUUUACUGGGGCCAGUGCACAAGUCUGCCGGCAGCAUCUGGGAGGCCACUAUCCUGGGCUUGCGGAAGAGGGAUUUGCUGAGGGAGGUGCUGCCUGUCAUUGGACAGAACUUGCGUUUUCAGAGGCUCUUCACUGAGUACCAGGACCAGCUGGAGCUUCUCCGCAACAAAUAGCACCUCUCCACAUCAGCUACAACCUACCGGCCCCAUGUUGCUGUUCCAGCGGGGGGAGAGCCCACCCCCAGCUCACUAGCCCCCUGGUUUAAGGGGACAAGGGUCAUAAGCAGGGUGCACGUCUUGCCACACUGCUUGGGAUGUCCCUGAGCAGGACCUUCUCUACCAUGGCACUG